CUAUGCUUAGGUCUUCGUUAGCCAGCCAUUAACCCAAGCUUGUUUACACCUCCCAACAGUACCCCAUUGCGUUGCCGAGUUCGAUGGCAUCGAUCUCGCCGCGUGGAGUUUGACCCUGGUAGUCCUGCACUGCGUGCAGGCUGUAGUCUCUGCAAUAUAGCCCCCUGCACUUGACCAGUGCCUCCCUGCCGCCCGCACACGCCACUCUUAGUCUCCCACAGCCACUCCACACCACCGGCAGCCGGGAGCCAUGGCGCCGGCUAGGGCGCGCCUCCUAGCCUGCCUGCCGGCUCUCACGAUGAUGGCCGCCGUCUCUUGGGUGGCUGCCGGUGGUGUUCGCAUGACGGACCAGGUGGACAUACUCUGGGGCCCGACGCAGCUGCUCAACGACAGCGACGGCGGCCAGACCGUCGGGCUGUCGCUGGACCGCGUCAUGGGGUCGGGGUUCCGGUCCAAGAAGUCGUAUCUCUUCGCCAGGAUCGACAUCGACAUCAAGCUCGUCGCCGGGAACUCCGCCGGCACCGUCACGACGGUUUACCUGAUCUCUGAGGGGCAGUGGAAGAUCCACGACGAGAUCGACUUGGAGUUCCUGGGCAACGUCACCGGCGAGCCGUACACCCUGCACACCAACAUCUUCGCCAAUGGCUCCGGCGGCAGGGAGGUGCAGUACAGGCUCUGGUUCGACCCUACCCAAGACUUCCACACCUACUCCAUCGUCUGGAAUUCAGACGAGAUCCUGAUCCUGGUGGACAACAUGGCGAUCCGGCGGUUCAGGAACCACUGGGACGCCGGCGUGCCCUUCCCGGUGUACCAGCCGAUGAGGCUGAACGGUGUGCUCUGGGACGCCGACGGCUGGGCGACGCAGGGCGGGCGCGUCAAGACGGACUGGACGCAGGCGCCCUUCACCGCCUACUUCCGGAACUACCGCGCCAGCGGCUGCGAGCCGAGCGGCGUCGCGUGGGUGUGCGGCCAGGACCCGUCCGGCGGCGACUGGCUCGGCGGCGGGGCCGCCGGCGGGCUGGACGACGUGAAGCAGCGGCAGCAGCUGAGGGAGGCGCAGGAGAGGUACACCAUCUACGACUACUGCACCGACUCCACGAGGUUCCCCGAUGGCUUCCGCCCCAAGGAGUGUGCGUUGCCAUAGAGUACAAGAGUUGGUGCGAUCAGGGUUUUCAAUUUCGGUUUCAAAAAAAUUUCUGUAAAAACCGAAAUUUCGUGAAAUUCAGAAUUUUUUGGAUC